GCUCAAUCCAGACACCGUACACACAAAUAACGGUAGGGUUGUCACCGUUGUGUGGAGCCGCUUAUCCCACAGUUCCAGAAUGGCAUGUCAUCCAUUCGUGCCAUUCCAAAUCUGCUUCCUAAGGCGUAUGUUUUGACCUCACGGCCCCAGCCAGAUAUAUAUACCCUGUAAGCAGGAGCAUUUCAUUCACCCGAAAAUCCAAAAAGCCAUCGAUUUACUACGCCUCGAACUCAAGCAAUUCUACAACAACACGAAACAACCUACAAUCAUGCCUCAAUACGAAGGACAAUGCCACUGCGGCCAAAUCGCAUGGACCGCCGAAAUCCCUGAGGAGAAACAUGUCCUCUGUCACUGCACCGCCUGCAAGAUCAUGAGCGGUGGCGAAUUCACUCUCAACCAGAUCAUCCCCAAGAAGAACUUCAACUUGACCAAGGGUGAUUUGAAGGUGUACAGCUACAAGGGCGACUCUGGAAACUCAGUCGACUGCUACAUGUGCCCGAACUGCGGGUCUAACCCAUAUCACCACCAGCAGAUCAUGGGUCCCGACACAAUCGUCAUUCGCACGGCUCUUCUGAAGGGCAACGAGAAGUGGGGUAAACCCGCCGUUGAGAUCUACGACAAGUAUCGGGACUCGUGGCAACCUCAGACGGCUGAGAACAGCUUCCCUCUUGGUCCGCCAUCAUAGAUUGUGUCUUGAAUUGAAUGCUUGGCCAUAUGUGACGACUGGCAGUGCCAUUUCUUGACAGUAACGGAACGGUUUGGACUUACGAGCAGUCAACGAAACUUAGAGACGACACUACAUAUAUGACGAUGAAACUUUAUCAAAACGUUUUCCAUCGGAAAUACUAUCCCAAACCACGUGCUGUUCGCUCGCUGUCAGUGCUAGAUCCAAGCACUUCUCCCUUGCACAUAUGGUCCCA